AAAAUUAUAUAAUGCAGAUAACAUUGAUUUGCUUAAACGAUCUUUUACUUGCGUAUUUUAUUGGUUCACUAAGUCACUUUAUCUCGCAAAUAAACGUGAAGGACUCAAAUGGAUCCUAAUAAUAGGACCAAAUUUUAUCGUAAAAGCUAUAUAUAUUCAUCCAAAGGGAGAACAAAGCGUGCAGUAACCGCUCCACUCAUCAUCACUACCUGCAACGCUACCCCACCCCGACGAUUCCCUACCUGAUUCCUGCCAUUUUUAUUGCUUCAAAUCGAAAAAACCCAUCCAAGAUCUCGAAGAAUUCAUUCACCAUGUGUUGCGGAAAGAUAUGCAUGAUGUGUAUGUGCUUGAUUGCCGUGGUGAUAGCAAUCGGAAUGCUGUUCGGAUUUGGUGUUUUCAGCAGAGCUUUCCACAAGGUCAAUGACGAAAUACAUUAUUCUUACCCUCCAUCUCAAUCGUAUUCCAAUCCCACCGGUGCCGCCGCCGGUAGGCCGUUCUUCGCUGUCGCUGCCCCUCCUCCGUUUUAAUCUUUUCUCGUAGUGGUUUCAAUUGUCGAAAUAGGGUUUUGUUCUGAUGUUCUUUUCAAGCACCAACAAUGUUAUACUAAUCUGAAAAUUUUACAUUUUUCUUUUCGAUUCUGUCUUCGUGACAUGUAUAGUAUUUACAUCGUUCCUAAACGUUAAAUUGAAUUGUGCAAGAAUUGAAGUUUAUUUUGAAGA